AGAAGGGGACGAAGGGAGGUGGCAGCGACGGCGGCGGCGGCAGCAGGACCCUACUCAGGGCGUGGGUCGUCCUCACCCGAAGCUUACCUUUGACCUCUCCCCGCCAGCCUCUGGCCUUUAUUCGUGACCCUAGACUCUUUAGGGGGCUCCUCUGAUCCAGGUAGCCAGACCCCGGACCAGAACCAUGUUCCCCGUGAAGGUGAAAGUGGAGAAAUCAGAGUUGGAGAUGGCCAAAGCCCGGAACCAGCUGGAUGCAGUCCUGCAGUGUCUGUUGGAGAAGAGUCACAUGGACAGGGAACGCCUGGAUGAGGAAGCUGGGAAAACCCCGUCAGACACCCACAAUAAGGACUGCUCCAUUGCAGCCACUGGCAAAAGGCCAUCUGCCCGCUUUCCCCACCAGCGGAGGAAGAAGAGGAGGGAGAUGGAUGAGGGGCUGGCUGAGGGAGGGCCACAGCGAUCCAACACGUACGUGAUCAAGCUGUUUGACCGGAGUGUGGACUUGGCCCAGUUCAGCGAGAACACACCGCUGUACCCGAUCUGCCGCGCUUGGAUGCGCAACAGCCCCUCAGUGCGUGAGCACGAACGCUCUCCCGGCUCUCCGCUGCCCCCUCUGCCUGAGGACGAGGAGGGUUCAGAGAUCGCCAACAGCAAGAGUCAUGAUGUGUACAAGUUGCCCCCACCCACAGCCCCUGGACCACCUGGAGAUGCCUGCAGGUCCCGCAUUCCCUCCCCGCUGCAGCCUGAGACCCAGGGCACCCCUGAUGAUGAGCCCUCUGAGCCUGAGCCUUCACCUUCUACCCUCAUCUAUCGCAACAUGCAACGCUGGAAACGCAUCCGCCAGAGGUGGAAGGAGGCAUCUCAUCGGAACCAGCUUCGGUACUCAGAAAGCAUGAAGAUCCUACGGGAGAUGUAUGAGCGACAGUGAUGUUCCCCUGGCCCCCAACCCCAAUAAACAUUCUUGACUCCA